UUUCACCAUCCCUCAAUUUGCUUCUUUUAUCUAUGGCUGCAAAGAUUGUCCUGGCACUAGUGCUCUCUCUGCUAGUUUAUGCGGUUUCCGGGGAAACGAACCCCAGUGCCUGCAUAGGCUCAGCUCAGCAAUGCCGGCUCCAGAGACUGAGGACCGUGGAGCCAACCCGUCGAUGGGAGUCGGAGGGUGGUCGGACUGAGCUGUGGUCGGAAUCUGAGGAGGAGUUCCAAUGUGCUGGAGUUGCUGCGAUCAGGCAGACUGUGCAACCUAACUCACUCUCUUUGCCUAACUUCCAGCCUGCCCCUAUGUUGGUUUACAUUGAGCAAGGUGAAGGCUUGAUGGGGUUGACCUACCCAGGAUGUGCAGAGACUUAUGAAUUAGAAACGUCACAGGAAUUGUCAAGACGCAGGAGCAGCCAGAUGGCACAGCUGCAAGGAGAGAGAUCAAGAAGAUCAGAUCAGCACCAGAAGAUACACCGGAUUCGCCGGGGAGACAUCCUGGCCAUUCCAGCUGGUGCUGCCCACUGGAGCUACAAUGACGGCAAUGAAGAGCUCGUUGCCUUCGCUGUCAUGGAUCUCAAUAACCAUGCUAACCAGCUUGAUCGCAGAUUUAGGUCAUUCUUCCUCGCCGGCGGGGAACCAAGGCAAGAGCAUAUGGAAGGAGAUCGAGAACGCACGAGACAAAGACGUAGCCGUCAGCAGAGAGUAGGCUUCCAGAGUUUAUUCAGUGGAUUCAGUGAAGAACUGCUGGCUGAAGCCUACAACAUUCCAGUCAAUAUCGCGAGGAGACUGCAGGAGGACGACAGCCAGCGGGGGAUCAUCGUCAGGUGCCAAGAAGAAAUGCGCCGCAUGAUUAGACCUGACGAAGACCGACAAGAAGGACAAAGAUGGCUAAACGGGUUGGAAGAAACUGUAUGCACUACAAGAAUUAGACACAACCUGGACACUCAAAGCGAAUCCGACUUUGUCUCCAGACAAGGCGGAAGAGUAAACAUUGUGAACAUGCACAAGCUUCCAAUCCUUCGAUUCAUGGACAUGAGCGCAGAGAAAGGCCAUCUUUUCCCUAACGCAAUGUACACACCGCACUGGUCCAUGACCGACAACAGGGUUGUCUAUGUGUUAAGAGGUGAGGCCCGUGUGCAGAUCGUGGACGACAACGGAAACAAUGUGUUCGACGAGAGGGUUAAGCGUGGAGACGUGUUUGUGAUCCCUCAGUUCUUUGCGGUAACGUCUAAGGCCGGAAACGAUGGCUUCGAAUACGUGACAAUCAAGACGUCCGGUCAGCCAAUGAAGAGCCCCAUGGCUGGCUACACCUCGGUAAUCAAGGCCAUGCCAAUCGACGUCCUCGCAAACGCAUACCAGAUGUCACUCAGAGACGCCCAGAACUUGAAGAACAGCAGAGGUCACCAGAGUUUCCUUCUGUCCUCCAGCCGAUCAGCCUCUUAAAGGAGGGUUUCUGUAAUUCCAUGCAUGCAGCGUUUUACUAAUGGCACCACUACUAGUACUAGUACUACUUAGGCCACUAGACGUACUUAUAAUUAAGCUAGUCCUUCUUGUAGAAUGGAGAAGGCUUUUUUAACAUGUUGAGGAAACUUGACCAGUAGUAUAAACCAAGUCAUGAUCAUGAGAAAAUAUAAUGCACUAGGGCAUGCAGCCUUCAAUAAAUCAAUAAAAUGUGGCCUUUUUUCUCUC